AUGCCGUCGGAACAUUCCCGUUCUUCCUCGGACGCAUCAGCAACCUCUGUUCCCACAAUUAACAUUAGACGUGCUCCUACUCCUCCUGAUAAUAUUUCUAAUCAGUCCAAUCUAAAUACCAACUCUAACAAUGAACAACUUUUAGACGCCAGUGAUGCACGCUCAAAUGGUCAAUCAAAAGAUAGAAAUCGUGAUAAAAGCACUUCAAGAGACAGAAGUUCUUCACGAGGAAAAAGUCCCGGUCGAAAAUCUGACAAACGAGGUAAAAGCUUGUCUCCUGGGCGCAAAAGUCCCUCAGGAGAGAAGCUUUUAAGUACUUCAAAAAAUUCUAAUAGAUCUAGAAGUCCAAGUCCUCGUCCAAAAAGUCCUGGUCGUAGUAAUUCGUCACGUUCAAAAAGUCCUCGUAAUAAUCAUAAUAGGGUAGGAAGUGAUAAUUCAAAUAAUAGAUCUAAUUCUCAGGAUGCUCGUGUAGGAUUAGGCAGCAAAAUUCUACAUCCGUGGGUUGCCCCUUCUCUCAACUCAAACGGUGAAACGAACAAUUCAAAGAGUGCGAAUAGAUUAAGUCUUCCAAAUUUUACUGAUAACGCUAGUCUAAAUAACGCAAUACGUGAAAGUAAUGAACGAUGGGCAAAAUUAAAUCUCGUCCAAGCUGAAAGCAAAGGAAUGGGUAAUUUUUCUAAACCUGCUAACAGCCUUCGAGUUGUCUCUACGCGUCCGAAACUUCAUGUUGAGACUUUCA